AUGAGCGGAAUACAAAAGCUAGUUUUAUCAGGAAGAGUGGGUGAAGCUAUAGAAGCAACACAACAACUAUAUCCAGGAUUACUUGAGCGUAAUCCAAAUUUGCUCUUCAUGUUAAAGUGUCGGCAGUUUGUGGAGAUGGUGAAUGGUACAGACAGUGAAGUGCGCUGUUUCAGUGGCCGUAGUCCCAAGUCCCAAGAUAGCUAUCCUGGAUCACCCAAUAUGAGCCCUAGACACGGAGCAAAUAACACUCACUUCAACAAUGCAGGAGCAGAUAGUCCAAACUGCAGCAAUGGAGUUGUGUUGUCAAAAAGCAAACCAGUGCACAACAAAUAUCCAGCUAUAAGUUCCUCAUCAUCAUCAUCAUCGUCCUCUUCCUCGCCCUCCUCUGUAAACUAUUCAGAGUCCAAUUCUACAGACUCUUCCAAAUCCCAGCAACACAGUAGUACAAGUAACCAGGAAACCAGUGAUAGUGAAAUGGAAAUGGAACCAGAGCACUACACCAAUGGAGUCUUGGAAAACACCUCCUCUAGAAUAAUGAAUGGCAACUAUAAGCAUGAAGAAAUCCUGCAGACGGAUGAGUCCAGCAUGGAGGACAGCUGCCCUCAGCGCCAGCUCUGUGGAGGUAACCAAGCUGCAACAGAACGCAUGAUCCAAUUUGGGCGAGAGUUGCAAGCCUUGAGUGAACAGCUUUGCCGUGAAUAUGGAAAGAAUGCUACACACAAGAAAAUGUUACAGGAUGCAUUUAGCCUGCUAGCAUACUCUGAUCCUUGGAACUGUCCAGUUGGUCAGCAGCUUGAUCCUAUCCAGAGGGAACCUAUUUGUGCUGCCCUUAAUAGUGCUAUUUUAGAAUCUCAGAAUCUGCCAAAGCAGCCUCCAUUGAUGCUUGCACUGGGCCAGGCCUCCGAAUGCCUCCGACUGAUGGCACGUGCAGGGAUUGGAUCCUGCUCAUUUGCCAGAGUGGACGACUAUUUGCACUAGCUGCUGUGGCAGUGGAAAGACCUCAAAUACUGCCCCUCACCUCCUGUUCAAGACGUACAACAACCUCUCCCCUCUUGAAGACCAUCGCACUGCCCACCAGACGGGUGCUGACCAUUUUCCUUUCUUACCUGCAUCCUUGUUACAUUUUAUCAGGUUACAUGACUGAAUGCAUUGCAUUUUGAAAGAGAUCAUGGGUGCAGUAAUGCACAGUACAAACGUAGCAUAUUUCUUUGAUUUUUAUUUAGUCACUGAAUCACCAGUAUUUAGCCCUGGAGGUUUUGUCCUGCGCUAGCCUCUAUUGUUUACUGGUUAUCAGAGGGCUGUAACAAAACUCAUGUAUUUUGAAGCUUUAAUACUUUAUUUAACAAGGCUGAAAAACGACUUGGGUUUGUAGCAGCGUUACCCGAUGCAGUUUUAUUCUCCAGCAUUAAUCAGUGCUUCAAGUCCACUCCCCAUUUCCUUUGGCAAAAAUUCAUUGACACUCAAAAGCUUUGGUAUGUACUUUUGCCAAAGCCUUGAAUUUUCCCUCUGUCUCACCUAAUCCUUUGCCAAAAAAAUACAAUUCUUGGUUUGUUACAGCCCCAGUAAUCAACCACAUUUGGUUUACAUCACCAUGUUCUACCUGUGUAUAUUUGUGUGGAACAAUGCUGCUCAUCGUCACUUUUGGUUUUGCUUUCCUGCCUUCAGCCUUUAGUUGCACAGCCAUAGCUUCCACUUGUUUCUUACUGGAGGUUUAACAUCAAAACCCACAACAUGUCAGAAAGUUCUGGGCAGCCUCCUACUUCGAGCUCCCGCAUUGUCCUCCACCAGGCCUUCCUUUUCAAUAACAGUACCACCAAUUCUCUAGGUCAUUUGUCAGCAACAAAUACUGUUAGGGUAGGGAGGGAGGUAAUGGUAGCCAAGUAUAAUGUGGGUAUAAAGCUAAUAAACUUUAGGAACCAAGGAAACUAAGGCAAAGGCCAGUUCGGCAGUUGAAAUGUACAGCUCUGCAGAUUUACUACACAACAUCCUUCUUUGGAAGGAUUUACUAGAUGUUUUACUAUAAUGCCUCUGGGAAAGUUAGUUGACUAGUGACUGGUUUCGUUGGUUUCUGAUUACCACAACAUUGUAAAUUUCCAGCUUACAACUACAAUGUUAUUAAUUGAACAAUCAUCUCUGGGUGGGGAGGUGGCAGGUUGUGGGGGGCGCGGGAGCCACUCUGAUAGUUUGUAAGCUAAUAACCUUUCAAUCAAUCAAUUAGUCAUGCCUGUCCAAUUAGCCAUGCCUGUCCAAUUAGCCCCACCUAAAAGCUACAUGAACAAAAUCAUAAGAUUAGCACGGCAAUAUAAGUCACCAAAGAAAUAUCAGAAUGACAGAACAGCAGACAUGAGCCAAGAGACUUAAUAUGCUGGAGAUUCCUGUGGCUGCUGAGAAUAUCAUAAAACAGCAAUCUGACUACUUGGAAUUCAUCAGUUCUAUAUAUAACUAUACAGAGAAAAAUGUUUCUAAUUGGACAAUUAGCAGUGACCAUGAAUCAAACAGAUUGAGUAGUUGUUCUAAAUGGUAGCCUGUAAAAUCUGAAUAGGAACUGGACUGUGUAACUGCUUCAUUGUGAGCUACAUUGUGGAAUUGUUCACUUAACAAGUUUGGAUUGACAUGUUAGCUUUUAAUAGUUUUUUUUAAAGUGCAAAUUGGGAUGAUGCAUUUGGGUUUUAAUAGUUUUAAGAAAAUAAUACCAUUACCUCCUCUUCUAAACGUAUUUUGUAUUGGUGCUAUUCUAAAACAGAUUCACUGUGUCUUCUCCCAGCAUUUUAUGCUAAAUUCAGUUCCUUUGUCCCUGAAUUAAAUUAGAUAUAGUUUGCAGAGAAUUUCAAAGGGGACGCGUGCAUGUCUCUGUAUCAGCACACAUUCAGACCUGUCCAUUGUGGACAUGAUUGUAAAAUAACACUGCUUGGAAAAAUAUGAGGUUUUAAUGCCUGUGGAUUUGCAUGAUCCUAUGUUAAUUUACUAGCCGUCUUGUUGACUUGCCUAAGGGCCUGUAACAAUGCUUCACUUUCAGAGUGGAACGAGGGAGCCAAAAUGACACAUGUAGCAAUUACAGGAAAGGAUCAUGUUCCUGAACACAAUGUCAGUGGAAGAUGGAACCACUUUUUGGCAAUACUUGAAAAUAAAAUAUGAAGGAUAAUGGGCAACUUGUGCAAGACCACUAAAGUAUAUGAGCAAUUACCAUUUUAAGGUCCAGUUAAUACAGUACCUUCCAUUUUCAAGAGUUUUUGACAUAGUAUGGACAAUAAAAAGUAGUUUUGGAUCAAUUAGACUUUAACAAACCUCUUCAAAGAAUUUAGUGAUAAAUUAUAGGAUGGAUUAUUGGUAAAAACAUACUUCCUCAGCUUUAGCAGAGUUGUCAUUUGUAACCAACAUGUUGCCUUUUAACUAGUAAUAAUUUCUUAAAAUAUUACAAAUCAACGUUAACAUCACAAUGCAGUUACUUUUUAAAAAAAAGUUCAUUCCAUUGUUUAUAAUCUUCUCCUGUAAUUCCCUCCACAUUCUCUCCCAGCUACUGUGGGCAUUGUUCUCUGUUAGGGAGACCAGCUAGCUUUCCCAGGUCUCUGCAUAUUCCACAUUAAUUUGCUGCAGGGAGGUACAAAGAACUGAUCUGUUAUGAUGUCUGACCUCCAUUCAGCUCAGCCAGUUCUUAAAUUUGUAAAGUAUGGAGUGCAGCAUGUGACUACCCAUUGCUGUGCUAUGUUGUGCAACAUAUGGGAAAAAUCUCUAUUUGUAUUUGAUGUUUACUGAGCAUUUUAGUUAUUGAAUUUGAUUGGGAAUUUCAACAUUGCAUGUUUUUCUUAAAUGUACAUGUUAAUAUCUAAGCACUUGUGCAAUCCAUAAUGUUCAAGAGAUAGACUUGUAAUUACAAAAUCCCUGUUAAUGCAGUGAUUAUGCUAAAUUUCAGCUCGCUGAGUUAUCAGAAGCCAGAUAUUUCUUGUCAUCUAUACAUGCCAUGCUUAAAUAGCAAAUAUACACGCACUCACACACACACACACACUCACGCCGAUACUGCUGAUACUGACACCACCCAAUGUUCAGAUCUUCACCUAUGUAACUGAGAUAAUUUGACCACUAUGAUUGUUUUUCUCUGCCACUGAUUUCCUCAUGAGGCCCCCUUGUUGCCUGCUUCAAGAGGAUUUAAACACUGAUGUCUUCAAUGUAACUUUGAUUGCUUGACUGAAAAUGUGACAGAGCCCAUCACUUUGUUCUACCAAGUGUGACUGUAGCUAACAGUUAGUGAAACUUACCAAUGCUACUCCACUAAAGUAAAGCACAUUUUCCCCACUGAAGCUAGGAUUGAUCUUGAGGGAAUGAAAUUGGGUCAGUGAUGUGUGAAGAAAAAUCCUUGAAGUUGUUUUCUGCAUCCAUGGAAAUUACUGGCUAGUCCCUGACUGAGCCUGAUUUUAUCUGGACUCUGGCGUAAAAAUAAAUGAGGGAAGGGAAGUGAUGCAAUAAAUCACUCGUCUGCAAGAAUGACAAAAAUUGCCGUAAUUUUAUAGCCUAAUACAAAAGAAAUAAAGUUGCUAGUAGAGUUUUUGCAAAGUUUGGAAGCCAUUAUGAUACCGUAUCAGCUAGUUGUCUUAGAUACCACUACAGGAAACACAAAUCAAUUUUGAAUGAUGGUCUCUAACACUGUGCAGUUUUGACAAAUAAGCAUAAGUGUUGUAUGAGUCACACAAAAUGAUUUGAGGUUUGAGUUGCAUUUGGCAUUUUUAUUUUCAGAAUAUCUGACUAAACCAAUCUUAAUUUUAGUUUUUGAUAAGACUCAUGGGGAAUUUGGAGCUGUCAUAAAUUCAACCUUCAUCUUUUGGAAGCUUCUACUAUUUAAAUACGUAAGUCAAUGUUGAUUUUGGUUGUGCACUGAUUAGACUUGCCUUAAAGUCAAUGCCUUCCUUGUACUUGGAUUUGACAGAGGGUUAAUUAAAAGGGAGUUAUAUGGAAUUGAUCUGCAAUAUGAUUUUUUAAAAUUAAAUGACAGUUGUUCAUCCACCAUAAGUGAAAUAGAUGUAUAUCAUUUGAUAUGAUUUAAUUAGAGCAUCAUGCAGAAGACAUUCUUUGUAGAUUUCCCUCUUCUGCUACAGUACAUUCAGUGAUGUUACAGUGAAGCAAUUUGUGCAUAACCCACUUUCUCCCACUGGAGGGGAAGGGAAUUUCACAUUUGUUUCUACUAAUUACUGAAGUAUAGAACGUAAGUGUUAAUAGUAGACUAAAUUAUGCCAAAUCAUUUGUAACUAUUGACUUUUGAAGAGGUAUGGUAGGUUCCAAUUGCUGGAUGGCCUAGUAUUGCUGAAAAAUAAUGACUUAAAUAAACAAAUAGGUAAUAAAGAACCUCCCUUGAAAAAAUGGGUUGUGGGAUGUUCCAUUUAAGGUCACUCUUAAUCCAAUAAUAAAUCCAACUUAAGUGAACACUGCAGUUACUUUAAUAUGAAUUUAAUCAAGGUAAUGUCUGACCACACUCUGUUUCAGAUUUUUCCUUUGCUAUUGGUUACAGGGAUUAGUUCAGUCAUUUCUCCUACAAAACCUUGUCAAUCAAUUAUGCUGAAAAAGAUCAGCAAUUAAGUUCUUUAAGAAAUAAUAUAUAAUUAUUCAGAAAGGGAGUGUCAUGUUUAUAGAGUGUGGCCCAAUAAUGAUUUCUAACUAACCCCGGCUGAUAUUACAGUAACACUGUUUUAGCCACAGACAAAGUAGAAAAUGGUGUACACCAUGCAAGUAAAUGUACCUCGUGUAUAUUCACUUGGCAUCUAGCACCAUUCAGUAACCAAGGAAAUAAAUAAAGCAGUCACAACAACCAAAAAACUUGCACAUUCUGCUUUUUGUCUCGCCAUUUUAGCAAUAACUGCACAAUGCAUGUGCCAUCUGUCUGAAUAUGGGGGUCACAUUCCACUGAGCAGAAAAGGAAUUGAAAUAGCAAAUCAGGAUGUUCAAUUGGCCAAAUAUGGCAAAUGUUAGACAAUAAUUACUUAGUAAAAGAAACAUUUUCUGCAAUUACCCUGCUCAUCAGGCGCUCUCAUGAUUUUUUUUGACUAUGUUCCCAUCCUUUUGAAAAUACAUUGAAUCAGCAAUGGGAAAGUUUGGUCAGUUUCUGAUGCUGGAUAGCUUAUGGUCUGCUGGUAACCUGCAAAUUGAUAUUACAUCAGUAUGCCCUUUUCUGGAGAUCCAGCUAGACAUUGGUGGUCUUGAAAUUUCAUACUGCACCCUAUCCCCAAUAAUAUCGGAGAAAAGAAAUUAAAUAGAAAACCAAUGACAUUUAACUGUCCAGAGUAUUACUGGCAAAUUACUAACCUUGAAAAGCCUAGACAAAAGACACAUUGUAUUUAGCAACAUGAACCUGUAUUCAGUAUUGUGUAUUUACAAAUAAUUGAAAGACCAGCAAUAGCUAUGUUGGAUACAGUGCAACUGAUUACACGUGCAACCCAGUUGUUACUGUAAGCUGGAAAACUGUAUUGCGUGAAUGUGAGUGGAGGUGUCAUAGUAUAUGACAAACUACAACCACUUUGUAAAACCAUGUAUUUUUCCUUUUUCAUAUGUUUUAAAUGUCUAUCAAUCAGUAGUGAGGUUGGUGAUGUCACCUUAAUGAGACAAUCUAAAAUUUAAUCUAAAGUUUAAAGUUUCUGAUUUCAUUUUCUAACACUCAGCAUUGGAAACAAUUCUAAUUUGUCUGUUGUCUCACUAACCUUCUUAAGGCUGCAGUAAUGUGCCAUUUUGACUUUUCUUUCUAGUUGUAUGUUUUCAAUCCCACUGUCCCCCACGCAGCCACAUUUUUUGCUGAUUCGGGAGAUAGUUUACAAACUCUGACAAGUUGAAAAAAAAGUGAUAUAAUUUACCUCCUAUCUUCUCUUUCUGCUAAAUUUCCCAAAUGAGUUCUGAUUUUAGAUGUAAACAGACAGUAGUUCAGAAAGAGAAGCAUGCUGCAAUUUAACAGUAAUUUACAUUUGCACUCUCACAAAACCCUGAGGUUAAUGCUUUUGAGUUUGUACCAGGCACUUUGAAAUAUGGGAACAGGAGGUCUCAUUUUUCCUGAUGUUAUGAAGUGUACUGAAGCAUGGCUUUGAUUUUUUUUUUUGUGUGUGCUCUUUUCCCUUGGUUGGGCUCUGCAAAACUAAUGCUGAUUUUUUUUUUUUAUUUUUUUUAGAAUAAAACAAUACAAAUUGUGUGACACUAUUUAAAGAUUUAAAAGUUCUGUUAAUCUAGUAAUUCUAGUUUUGUGUACUUAACUGUGCUCAGCUUGAAACUAUAGUCAUUUUGUUUAACGGAAGGGAAGGGUGAUAAUAAAAUUUUAAAUUCUGUAUACAGUAUAAAAUGUAUACAUUGUAAUUUAAUGAUUUUCUUUUGUUGCUCCAACUCAGGUAUGAUGCAUACAAUUACAGCAUGGAAUGUGAAGCAAGUUGUUUCAUUUUACCAACACAAUACUCAUGAACUAAUUUCUGCUCCAUGCUCAAUAUCAGUUUAGUUUUGUUAUGAAUUCAAUAAAUGAACACGCAAGUUGUGCUCAAGUACAAUGGUUGUUCAGUUUGAGCAUAGUAAGUAUUUGUGAAGCAAAAAUUACCCAGUACGAGCAUGAACAUUUGAGAAACUUUUAAAACAAAAGCAAAACUAAAAAAAUGUACUAGAAAUAUGUUAAAACAAAAUGUAUUCUGUUGUAUUUUGACAGAAUUAUUUUUAUUAAAAUACACA